AUCUUGCCUCUCCCUGUUUGCCUGAAACCUAGUGCGGAAGUAGAAACUGCACUGUGCGGGUUUAGGGUUCCGCCUGUGGACGGCUUGCAAGAUCAUACACCCGACACAGACUGUUCUCCACCAAAGCAGUUUUCGGUGAUUACCACAAGAGCAAGAGAUGGCAGGACGGUUACCGGCGUGUGUUGUUGACUGCGGUACAGGAUACACUAAACUGGGGUACGCUGGGAACACUGAGCCACAGUUCAUCGUUCCAUCAUGUAUUGCAAUCAAAGAGUCGGCCAAGGUAGGGGACCAGGCCCAGAGAAGGAUGAUGAAAGGGGUGGAUGAUCUGGACUUCUACAUCGGUGACGAGGCAAUAGACAAGCCCACGUAUGCUACAAAGUGGCCCAUCCGUCACGGCAUCGUGGAAGACUGGGACCUGAUGGAGAGGUUCAUGGAGCAAGUCAUCUUCAAGUAUCUGAGGGCGGAGCCAGAAGACCACUACUUCCUGCUGACAGAACCACCUCUGAACACACCGGAGAACCGAGAGUACACUGCCGAGAUCAUGUUCGAGUCCUUCAACGUCCCUGGACUCUACAUCGCCGUGCAGGCAGUACUGGCUCUGGCUGCAUCCUGGACGUCCAGGCAGGUGGGGGAGAGGACCCUGACAGGCACGGUCAUCGACAGCGGGGACGGAGUCACUCACGUCAUCCCUGUGGCGGAGGGCUACGUAAUUGGCAGCUGUAUAAAGCACAUCCCCAUCGCCGGGCGGGACAUCACCUACUUCACCCAGCAGCUUCUGAGGGAGCGGGAGGUGGGAAUCCCCCCGGAGCAGUCCCUGGAGACGGCCAAGGCUGUCAAGGAGCGGUACAGCUACGUGUGUCCGGACCUGGUGAAGGAGUUCAGCAAGUACGAUACGGACGGCUCCAAGUGGAUCAAGCAGUACACCGGCAUCAACGCCAUCAGCAAGAAGGAAUUCACCAUCGACGUGGGAUACGAGCGCUUCCUGGGACCGGAGAUCUUCUUCCACCCUGAGUUCGCCAACCCAGACUUCACCCAGCCCAUCUCUGAAGUGGUGGACGAGGUGAUCCAGAACUGCCCCAUUGACGUCAGACGUCCCCUCUACAAGAACAUCGUUCUGUCUGGAGGCUCCACCAUGUUCAGGGACUUUGGCCGGCGCAUGCAGAGAGACCUGAAGAGGACGGUCGACGCCCGUCUGAAGAUGAGUGAGGAGCUGAGCGGCGGGAAGCUCAAGCCCAAGCCAAUCGAUGUGCAAGUCAUCACACAUCAUAUGCAGAGAUAUGCCGUGUGGUUCGGAGGGUCCAUGUUAGCGUCAACCCCUGAGUUCUACCAGGUCUGCCACACCAAGAAGGACUAUGAGGAGAUUGGACCCAGCAUCUGUCGCCACAACCCUGUCUUCGGAGUCAUGUCCUAACUGGGGUGGAGCUGUCAUAACAGAUUAGUACGGGGUGUGGUGGGGUGUGGUGGGGUGUGGGUGGGGUGGGUGGGGUGUGGGUGGGGGUGGGGGGGUAGUUGGUGAGGGGAUUCAGGGAUGGUGCUCUUUGAUUGCUUGUUCACUCUGGAUGUCCGGAUCGAGAGGGAGAUACAGAAUCAUUAUAAAAAGAAAAGAGAGAGAGACCAGACCAAACCCAGUCCGGCUGGAGAAGAGUUAUUGUCAAUGUUCCUUUUCCUUUCUUUUCUUUUCUUUUUUUCUUCCUUUUUGUCUUCGCUUUCCAAAAUGAGGGAAAAAAUGGUUUAGGCCAACCAAACCGAUUUAAGAUCGAUUCCAGAUCUGUUGAGCAACAUACAGAACGCUUAAUUAUGAUGAUGAUGGUGACAACGACAAAAGUAUUAUUGGUGAUACUAAUAAACCCGAAGUCAUAAACCAUUAUUUAUGUUUAUUGAGUCUGGGCAAUAUCUGAAGACUCUUGAUAUUUUGUUAUCAUGACAAGUUUAGAACAUAUUAUUGUCUCUUUAUUUCUGCUUCAAAUGCACUCUGUGUAUCACGGCAAGAGCUUGUUUAUAUUUCAUACAAAGGUUUUUUAUAUGUAAAACUUGGGAAAUCAGGGGAAAAGAUUUAAUGCAUACCAGUAUCAGCAAGUGACUGUUUUAACCCUUAAUGCAGCUUUGAUACGCAGUAUUUUCUUAAGUUUGAAAAAGAAAUUCCACCAUUCGACUCCAUCUUUGUCCUUGCUAUAUGCCCUUUAAUUCCCAAUACAUUUAUUAUCUAUGUUUGCUUUCACUUUCCACCCAUGCUAGAUACCCACCUCUCAAACGCAACGAAAGAAAAGAACUGCUCGUGAAAUAUUAAUGGUAAAAUCGAAAAAGAGCGACUGUUUGACCAGUAUUGUUAGCCUAGAACUCUCUUUCUUUUUUUUAUUAUAUACCAAAUUAUUAAAAGGACAGGAUUUCUGUAUUUAAUGCCUUGCAACAUUCCAAUAAAGGCUCAAAUUUGUUUCUAAGUA